AUGGCGGCCAUAUCUUCUAUAUAUCCGCUUGGAUAUCCUCAAGAACACAUCCCAAUGUGUGAGAAACACGAUUUGAAUAUAGACUUGACAUGUGAGGACUGUGAUGAGUUUAUUUGUUCACAGUGUGCCAAAUCAGACCACAAGGAUCACGACUGGAAAACUAUCCCCACAGCAGGAAGUCUAAGGAGACGAGAGCUAAAGAAGACUCUGGAAAAGGUUAAGAAGGAGGACGUGAAAAAGAUGGACGAGGAGAUACAGAAGGCAACCAAACAACUGGAAGACAACAAAGAAUGUUGUGAUUCUGAGGUCCGUAAGCUUCAAAAACAUUAUGAUGCGAUUGUGUCAAAACUUGGUGAAAUUAAGAAGAAUUUUGAGACUAAACUGAGGGAAAAUCUGGAAAGAAAAAAUACUGAAGUGAGUAAAAAAAAAUUAGACGUAGAAAAGAAAAGAGAACAAAUCAAGGAUCUUCUGAAAUUCCUGGAAGACAGACACAGUACCAUGUCUGACUUAAGUUUAAUAGACAACCUCAGAGACUUAUUCAACCUUUUGUCUAACAAAGACAGUGAUAUAGAGACGGGAGAUUAUUCACUGAGAUAUAUGGGAGGGGACAUCAAUAACGGAUUACUGGAGUCAAUGAUGGGACAAACGUUUGAUUUGGAUGAUAUCAGCGUUACUGAGACAGAAUCAUUUCAAUAUGGAGAUAAACUUUUAUGUGUGCUGGAGGCAAUCGAUAAAGAUACAUGUUUUGUGGGAGAUGAUAAAUCAAAUUUCUUUGAACGAGUGAACAUAGGGAAUAAGAAAAAGGAAAAAUUCUAUAUAAAUGCAAAUGCUGUAUGUGUAACAGACAGUGAUGAUGUGUAUGUCACUGAUUGUGAUAACGACUCCAUAGUCCGUCUGUCCCCGUCAGGCUCAGUCUCUACAAUAUUCAGUACAGCUCCACUGGAACCAGGUGGGAUCUGUCAAUCAACAGAAGGAGGACUGCUGGUCACAUUGGGCGAUAAUGAGUCAGAGCUUUAUCAACCAGACUCGCACAGCAGACGUCUAGUCAGACACGUGACACUGACCGGUGAAGUCAUCCGUGAGUACAAGUACCAGGAGGACGGUCAGACCAGGCUGUUUACUGCACCAGCCAGAGUCAGACAGAACGGUAACAAUGAUAUCUGUGUGGUGAACAUGACAAGUCAAUUUACCGGUGAACUAGUGAUUCUAUUCUCCUAUGGAUCUAUUAAGUUAGUUUACGGUGGAAAGAAACUGACAAACCCAUUUAUUCCAUCUGAUGUAGUUUGUGACUCACACUGUAACAUCAUUGUUACUGACCAUUUUAACUGCCAGAUCCAUCUCCUGAGUCCUGACGGUGAGUUCAUGAAGUACCUACUGACAGAAAAUGAUGUAAGAUAUCCAUGGUCCAUGUCUCUUUGUAAAUCCACGUUGUGGGUGGGGAACUACCAAGGACUCAUCAAGGUGUUUCAGCUCAAUAACACUUAA